GGAAUGCUCAGGGGGAUCUCUGCAUUGUGAGCUCUAAUCCCAAACACUGGGCUUCACAGUAGGCCCACACUGUCCCCUGCUGGGUGUUCCUUCAUGCUGCACCUCCUCCCUGACUGGCUUGACUCCAACACACCACUCUCAGGCUCUGAGGCGGAAGUUGUUGCUGAUAUUCAAUCCGUGACUGAUCUGUUUCUCUUCCAGCUCAAACAUUUUUCCUGAGUGUCAUUGCAGCGGUGGAAUGAAGCUGUUGCUUCCUUCUGUUGUGUUCCUUCUGCAAGUCCUUCAGGCCUGCUCAGACUGUGCACCUGGCCAUACUGUGACUGGGUUGGUUGGAGGUCAGGCAAUAUUACCCUGUAUUUACGAGGUGACGGGGCCGGUCUCUCUCACAUCAGCCCGACUGUAUUGGCAGUUUCCUCCCAAAAAGGUUGCCUACGCCUUUCUCGAAGGAAAGCCUGAAGAACAAUAUGUGGAAAGUCAUUACAGAGGAAGAACCACCGUUCCCAAGACUGAGUUGAUCAGAGGAAACUUCUCCCUGCAACUGAACAACCUCACUGUGAAGGAUGAUGUGGAAUAUCACUGCUAUUUCUUCUUAAACAACAGGAAGGCUUAUGAAUGUCAGCUCCAACUGCACAUAGCUGCUCCCUACCAGCCUCCUGUGUUAUCAGCUUCACGAGGAGAAUCUCUGGGUGCAGGUCUUCCGGUGAAUUUGAGCUGCCAUUCCUUUGGAGGUUUCCCAGCUCCGGUUGUGAACUGGACAGAUGAUGCUGGGAGACCUCUGGGCCGAGAUACCGAGGUGAACACCUCAGUGGAACAGGACCCUGUCUCCGGCCUGUACAAUGUCACGAGCAGCGUCAGGAUCAUUGCUGCUGUGGGAACGUCAGUCCGCUGUUCCGUCUUUAACAGCAGGAUCCAGCAGCGCCUCGAUUCCAUUGUUUGGGCAUAUACCUCCAGCAAUACCAGUCUGCCCUUUAAAGCUGCUCACCCUCAGUACCUCAUCAUUCUCUACGUGUCAGCUGCUGUUAUAGUCUGUGUGUGCUUUGUAGUUGCAAUCCUCUGUACACGAAGCAAAAGAUACAGAGGUGUGCGCACUGUAGACCGGCAGAACCACAUCAAAGUUGAUUCCUCUGCAACAGGUAACCUGUUUUGCUCAAUCGUUUACCUUUUAACCCCAUCCUCUCUCUUUAGUUUCACAUUCCCCCUCUCUCUCUCUCUCCCCCCUUCUCUAAAGUCCUCUGUCACACUCCCUCUCCUUUGUUAUACCUCUCUUCUCCAUCCUUCCUCUGUUUGACCCUCUCUCUUUCUCCUCCUUUUCCCCAUCU